AUGCUUCAGUCAAUGCACCAGCUGAGACUGCACAGCCACCUGUGUGAUGUCACAGUCCAGGUGGCCUUCCAUGGUGAGCUGGAGGAGUUUGAGGCUCACCGGUUGGUACUAGCUGCCUCCAGCGGCUACUUCAAGAACAUCCUACUGGCCCCGGACCCACCCAAGAAAAUAUUCCUGGGGAACGUCCGAAACACUGAUUUCACCAGGUUCUUGGAAUAUGUAUACACUGGCAAACUGGAGGUGGAUAAAGAGUUUGCUAAAGACAAGAUUGGUGUGAUCCGUGAAGUGGCGAUACUGUUGGAGUGUAAGAGCCUUAUCGAGGCUUGCAGCUCGGUUCUCGAUGAAGGCAGCUCGAGUCCACACGGGGCUGAAUCGUCCAUGUCACAAGACAUGGAGGCUGAUUUGGAUGAUGUAGAGGAGGAGGAGGAGGGGUUGCUGGGGAUCGGAAUAAACAAAAUUCCCAAAAGAGCCUCCACCAAGAGGCUGACCUAUCCAACAAGACCAGAGAGGAGGGAGAGGACGUUGAAAAGGGCAAAGGUCACGGUCACAGCCAAGGAGGAGAGAUCAGAGGUGAAUGAAGAUGCUGAGAUCUCUGGGAGGAGAAGUAACAGGCUGGCAGGCCGCAGAGUCUUCGUUGACAUUCCUAGGAAGAAGUACGUGAGGAAGAUGAAGGACCAGACAAAGACGCAGACGGAGGAUCUGCCUGACAACACUCAGACCAAGACAACCAAUCAAGAGGAGAAAACUGAGAAUACACAGGUAGAUGCUAUGGUUUGAGGUGUGUGAAGCAUUUUGAACAUCUAGAAAAAAGUGCUGUAUAAAUCCAAUUGAUUGUGAUGAUUAUUGUUAUGACACAGAAGGAGGCAGGAGAGGCCCUUCCAGAGCUGCUGCCUGAAAAAGAGGGGGCAGGGCUGGAGUCAACAGACGUCGAUGAUGAGGAAGGAGAUAUACCCGAGGAUUGUCCUGAUGACUCACUCUUCUUCCCCAGCAAGGAAGAGAUGGUUGAGGAAGGUGCCCCCAACAGAUCAUCCAGACGUGACACCCAAUACAAGUGUGACAAGUGUCAACGGACCUUCCACUAUGAGAAGAGCUACCUGAAGCACAUCAAGUAGGCCUCCUGUAGCUCAGUUGGUAGAGCAUGGCGCUUGCAACGGCAGGGUUGUGGGUUCAAUUCCCACGGGGGGCCAGUAUGAAAAAUGUAUGCACUCACUAACUGUAAGUCGCUCUGGAUAAGAGCGUCUGCUAAAUGACAAAAAUGUAAAAAUGUAAAAUGAGUUGGACAUUACACGUUAGUUACACAUUCGUUGGAUGGAUUGGUAGGUUUGCAAAUGAGGGGAGCCCAAUGUACUGUACAAUGUAAAGUGCUUUGAGCACUUUUAAAAGGGAUAGAAAACCUAAAAUCUCAACUAUUUUCAUUGUUGUUCUGAUCACAUCUGUAAUAACAACACUCCUCCAUUGUUACCAUGACCACCAGGACGAGCCACGGUGUGCAGGGGGAGGUGACGUACCGUUGUGACACCUGCCAGCAGACUUUUGCCAACCGUUGUAACCUGAAGAUCCAUCAGAGACACGUCCACAGUGACGAGAGACUGUUCCCCUGCGACGUCUGCACCAAGACGUUCAAACGCAAGAAGGACGUGAUGCGCCACCGACGACAGGUUAGGACCGGUCUCAGUCAGGGGAUUUGGGACUGCUUUUGUAGCACUUUUAUGUAGGAUUCUCUCGAUUGACACCCUGUUCCCCUUGUAGUGCUCUUCUUUUGACCAGAGCUGUAGAUGGCUAACCCAUGUGGCUCUGGUCAAAUGAAGUGCACUACAGUAUAUGAAAAUGGCAUUUCCUCUUCAAUUUCUAUUUGCUACAAGACUAAUAAUUUAUUGAGACAAUAAAUAUCUACUCUUGUCUACCGCUAGGUGCAUGAGGGAGGUGGUGAGCGGCACACCUGUCUUGUGUGUAACAAGGCGCUGAGCUCUAAGACAGCGUUGACGCUACACGAGAGAACACACACAGGAGACAAGCCCUACUCCUGCACUGACUGUGAAGCCAAGUUCUCCCAGAGCUCAGCCCUCAAGACACACCGCAGGACUCACACAGGAGAGAAGCCUUUCGCCUGUGACCAGUGUGAUGCAAGGUUCAGCCAGAACCACAUGUUGUCCUAUCACAAGAGGGCCCACACAGGUAAGACGUUCACCUCUUACACGGAGACACUGUACUCUACAACUUUCUAAGCGGAUAGGUUGGGCUUUUGAUACCAUUUCUGUGUCCAUUUCAGCGUCAGUAUCUGUGAACCCUAUCUACAUAAACCAGACUUAACAUAUCUGUGUUGUUUUGUGUUCUAGGAGAGAAGCCUUUUAUGUGUGAGAGCUGUGGGAAAAGCUUUGCCUCUAAAGAAUACCUGAAACACCACUCCAGAAUCCACACGGGCUCCAGGCCUUACAAGUGUGAACUCUGUGGUCGGGCCUUCGCCCAAAGAAACUCCCUCCACCAGCAUAUGAAGAUACACACAGGUAACCACUGCAAUAUUGAACCUAAUAUUUAUCCCUUUUAUUUUCAUGCUAAAUGCGUAGAAUGUUAGGGUAAGUAAUCACAAGUCACACUGCUACUACCGUUGUUAGUUUGGUAUCUUCCAUUCAUAGGGAAUUAUUACUGCUGACCCUUGACCUUUAACCCCUGUCUGACAUCUGUAUGUUCUGUCUCAGGUGAGCGUCCAUACCACUGUACAGAUUGUGAUAAGCAGUUCACCCAGCUGAAUGCCCUCCAGAGGCACCAGAGGAUUCAUACAGGGGAGAAGCCUUACAUGUGUGGCCUCUGCAACCGUACUUUCACGGACAAGUCCACUGUACGCAGACACACAAUGGUACGUUACUACACUAGUCCACUGUACGCAGACACACAAUGGUACGUUACUACACUAGUCCACUGUACGCAGACACACCAUGGUAUGUUACUACACUAGUCCACCGUACACAGAUACAGUGGGGGAAAAAAGUAUUUAGUCAGCCACCAAUUGUGCAAGUUCUCCCACUUAAAAAGAUGAGAGAGGCCUGUAAUUUUCAUCAUAGGUACACGUCAACUAUGACAGACAAAUUGACAAAAAAAAUCCAGAAAAUCACAUUGUAGGAUUUUUAAUGAAUUUAUUUGCAAAUUAUGGUAGAAAAUAAGUAUUUGGUCACCUACAAACAAGCAAGAUUUCUGGCUCUCACAGACCUGUAACUUCUUCUUUAAGAGGCUCCUCUGUCCUCCACUCGUUACCUGUAUUAAUGGCACCUGUUUGAACUUGUUAUCAGUAUAAAAGACACCUGUCCACAACCUCAAACAGUCACACUCCAAACUCCACUAUGGCCAAGACCAAAGAGCUGUCAAAGGACACCAGAAACAAAAUUGUAGACCUGCACCAGGCUGGGAAGACUGAAUCUGCAAUAGGUAAGCAGCUUGGUUUGAAGAAAAUCAACUUGGGAGCAAUUAUUAGGAAAUGGAAGACAUACAAGACCACUGAUAAUCUCCCUCGAUCUGGGGCUCCACGCAAGAUCUCACCCCGUGGGGUCAAAAUGAUCACAAGAACGGUGAGCAAAAAUCCCAGAACCCACGGGGGGACCUAGUGAAUGACCUGCAGAGAGCUGGGACAAAGUAACAAAGCCUACCAUCAGUAACACACUACGCCGCCAGGGGACUCAAAUCCUGCAGUGCAGACGUGUCCCCCUGCUUAAGCCAGUACAUGUCCAGGCCCAUCUGAAGUUUGCUAGAGUGCAUUUGGAUGAUCAGAAGAGGAUUAGGAGAAUGUCAGAUGAAACCAAAAUAGAACUUUUUGGUAAAAACUCAACUCGUCGUGUUUGGAGGACAAAGAAUGCUGAGUUGCAUCCAAAGAACACCAUACCUAUUGUGAAGCAUGGGGGUGGAAACAUCAUGCUUUGGGGCUGUUUUUCUGCAAAGGGACCAGGACGACUGAUCCGUGUAAAGGAAAGAAUGAAUGGGGCAUGUAUCGUGAGAUUUUGAGUGAAAACCUCCUUCCACAGCAAGGGCAUUGAAGAUGAAACGUGGCUGGGUCUUCAGCAUGACAAUGAUCCCAAACACACCGCCCGGGCAACGAAGGAGUGGCUUCGUAAGAAUCAUUUCAAGGUCCUGGAGUGGCCUAGCCAGUCUCCAGAUUUCAACCCCAUAGAAAAUCUUUGGAGGGAGUUGAAAGUCCGUGUUGCCCAGCGACAGCCCCAAAACAUCACUGCUCUAGAAGGAGAUCUGCAUGGAGGAAUGGGACAAAAUACCAGCAACAGUGUGUGAAAACCUUGUGAAGACUUACAGAAAACGUUUGACCUGUGUCAUUGCCAACAAAGGGUAUAUAACAAAGUAUUGAGAAACUUUUGUUAUUGACCAAAUACUUAUUUUCCACCAUAAUUUGCAAAAUAAAUUCAUAAAAAAUCCUACAAUGUGAUUUUCUUUCCUCAUUUUGUCUGUCAUAGUUGAGUGUACCUAUGAUGAAAAUUACCGGCCCCUCACUUUUUAGGGGAAAAGCCCCCAUUUUGGGGGCUACAAAACUUUUUCCCCCAAACCAGGUAGUUUUCACACCACCUACAAAAGACACAAAGGUACGUAUACACUGUCCACCGUAAACCCGACACAAUGGUAUUACUAAAUAGUCCCCCCCUACACCAGCAAAUGGGACGUUACACACAGUUCCCCCAACCAGACCCCACAAAAGGGAGUUUACAUAGUCCCCGUACCAGACACAAUGGUACGUACUACACUAUACUGUACGCGACCACCAUGGUACGUUUUUUACAAAUAGUUCCCCUUUCACGAACCCCUUAGUUACUUUUUUAAACCCCCCGUCACCCGCCCCCCAGAAAUUUUCACACUGCCAGUACCCGACACCAUGGGACGUUACUUCAAGCCCCCUGUCGCGACACACAAUGGUACGUUUACAUAGUCCAUGUACGCAAAACCAAAAUUACUUACAACAUCAAAGUAACAGACACCCUGGUCGUUACCCCAAAAUCCCCUACACAGACACCAUGGUACGACAACUAGUCCAAAGAACAGGGCACCAUGGUACUUUUACUAUCCACGUCCGACACCAAGGGGGACUUUUUUACACAAACCCCCCUGUACGAACACAUUGUACGACACAACUACCCCCGUCACGACACAAAGGUACGUACUACACGUCCACGCCAGACACAAAGGUAGUUACUAACUAGUCCACCCUACACAGACCCCAAAGGUACGUUCUACACUGCCACCCCUACCGACAACCCCAAAGGGGAAAUUUCUAACUAUCCACGUACACAGACAAAAAUGGUAGUUAAAACAAACCCCCAACAACCCCCCUUUUUGGGUUUUUUUCUACACAGUCCCCGACACAGACACCAUGGGAUGUAUAACUAGUUCCGCCAACCAAAUGGUAGUUAUUACAAGCCACCGUCAGAAAGACCCAUGGUAUUACACAUGUCCACCGUACACAAAAAUGGGACGUAUUUCAUUUUGUUUUUUCCCCUUUCCGACACACAUGGGGUACUACUAGUCCCCUUUACAGGGCCCAUGGUACUAUACAAUAGUCCCCCCGUUACAGACAAAAACCCUGGUUUUGACUACACCCAGCCCACCCUAACAGCACCUGGAAAGUUUCUUUACAAGUUACUGUACCCCCACAAUGGGAUUAUUUCACUAGUCCCCACCAAACCAUGGUUUUCACCCGGGGUUCCACCGUACCGGACACAAUGGUACGUUCCACACUACACGGGGCCAACAAAAAAUGGGAAACUACACAGCCCCCGGACUACUAAUGGGCCCAAAACCUUUCCCCCCAACCACAAAGGUACGUACACCAGUCCCCGUACCAACACCAUUUUGUUUCUACUAGUCCACCCACCGAAAAAAUGGUCGUUAAACCAUCCCCUUUUAACGAAAACCCGGCCGCACAAAGUCCCCCCACCGCCCAUUCACACAUAGUCCCGUACCAGGGGCACAAGGACGUUAACACUAUCAUUUAAAAAACACAAAGGUACGUUACUACACUAUCCCCCGUCCAACACAUGGACGUUAAAACCCUGUCCACCUAAAAAAGAAACCCCCAUGGUCUUAUAAUGUCCCAAACCCUUCACAGACACAAUGGACGUACUACACUAGUUUCCCCGUACACAGACACCAGGUACGUUCUACAAGUCCCCGUAAACAGACACACCCCAUUUGUACCCCUUAAACCCAGGGGGUUUCAAAGUACACCCUACCACCAUGGUCGACCACAUUUGUCCCCGUCACAACCCCAUGGUUCUCCCACUGUCCCUACCAGCACAAGUCGUUUACCUAGUCCAUGUAGCGACACACCAUGGGACGUUACUAACUUUUCCUGUACGCAGACACCCUGGGGGGUUAUUUCACUUCCCCCGUCAGACAAAAGGUACGUUAUUAAAUGCCACCCCUCCCCGACACCGGUACUUACUAACCACCACCAAAACAACCACUGGACUUUAAACACCCCUUACGACCAGACACCAUGGUACGUUACUACAGUAGUCCACUGUACGCAGACACACAAUGGUACGUUACUACACUAGUCCACUGUACGCAGACACCAUGGUACGUUACUACACUAGUCCACCGUACACAGACACAAUGGUACAUUACUACACUAGUCCACUGUACGCAGACACACAAUGGUACGUUACUACACUCGUCCACCGUAUACAGACACCAUGGUACGUUACUACACUAGUCCACUGUACGCAGACACACCAUGGUACGUUACUACACUAGUCUACUGUACACAGACACCAUGGUACGUUACUUCACUAGUCCACCGUACACAGACACCCCAUGGUACGUUACUACACUAGUCCACCGUAUACAGACACCAUGGUACGUUACUUCACUAGUCCACUGUACGCAGACACACAAUGGUACGUUACUACACUAGUCCACUGUACGCAGACACCAUGGUACGUUACUACACUAGUCCACCGUACACAGACACAAUGGUACGUUACAACACUAGUCCACUGUACGCAGACACAAUGGUAUGUUACUACACUAGUCCACCGUACACAGACACACAAUGGUACGUUACUACACUAGUCCACCGUACACAGACACACAAUGGUACGUUACUACACUAAUCCACUGUACACAGACACCAUGGUACGUUACUACACUAGUCCACCGUACACAGACACCAUGGUAUGUUACUACACUAGUCUACCGUACACAGACACCAUGGUAUGUUACUACACUAGUUCACUGUACGCAGACACACAAUGGUACGUUAUUACACUAGUCCACCGUUACAGACACCAUGGUACGUUACUACACUAGUCCACCGUACACAGACACCAUGGUACGUUACUACACUAGUCCACCAUACACAGACACACAAUGGUACGUGACUACACUAGUCCACAGUUUACAGACACCAUGGUACAUUACUACACUAGUCCACCGUCUACAGACACCAUGGUAUGUUACUACACUAGUCUACCGUACACAGACACCAUGGUACGUUACUACACUAGUUCACUGUACGCAGUCACACAAUGGUACAUUAUUACACUAGUCCACCGUUACAGACACCAUGGUACGUUACUACACUAGUCCACCGUACACAGACACCAUGGUACGUUACUAUACUAGUCCACCGUACACAGACACAAUGGUACGUUACUACACUAGUCCACUGUACGCAGACACACAAUGGUAAAUUACUACACUAGUCCACCGUACACAUACACCAUGGUACGUUACUACACUAGUUCACUGUACGCAGACACACAAUGGUACAUUAUUACACUAGUCCACCGUUACAGACACCAUGGUACAUUACUACACUAGUCCACCGUACACAGACACCAUGGUACGUUACUAUACUAGUCCACCGUACACAGACACAAUGGUACGUUACUACACUAGUCCACUGUACGCAGACACACAAUGGUAAAUUACUACACUAGUCCACCGUACACAUACAUAAUGGUACGUUACUACAAUGGUACGUUACUACACUAGUCCACUGUACGCAGACACACAAUCGUACGUUACUACAGUAGUCCACCGUACACAGACACAAUGGUACGUUAAUACACUAGUCCACUGUAAGCAGACACACCAUGGUACGUUACUGCACUAGUCCACCGUACACAGACACCAUGGUACGUUACUACACUAGUCCACUGUACGCAGACACACCAUGGUACGUUACUACACUAGUCUACUGUACACAUACACAAUGGUACGUUACUACACUAGUCCACCGUACACAUACACCAUGGUAUGUUACUACACUAGUCCACCGUAAACAGACACACCAUGGUACGUUACUAGACUAGUCCACCGUACACAGACACAAUGGUACGUUACUACACUAGUCCACCGUACACAGACACCAUGGUACGUUACUACACUAGUCCACCGUAAACAGACACACCAUGGUACGUUACUAGACUAGUCCACCGUACACAUACACCAUGGUACGUUACUACACUAGUCCACCGUAAACAGACACACCAUGGUACGUUACUACACUAGUCCACUGUACGCAGACACACAAUUGUACGUUACUACAGUAGUCCACCGUACACAGACACAAUGGUACGUUAAUACACUAGUCCACUGUAAGCAGACACACCAUGGUACGUUACUACACUAGUCCACCGUACACAGACACAUGGUACGUUACUACACUAGUCCACUGUACGCAGACACACCAUGGUACGUUACUACACUAGUCUACUGUACACAGACACCAUGGUACGUUACUACACUAGUCCACCGUACACAGACACCCCAUGGUACGUUACUACACUAGUCCACCGUACACAGACACCAUGGUACGUUACUUACACUAGUCCACUGUACGCAGACACACAAUGGUACGUUACUACACUAGUCCACCGUACACAGACACCAUGGUACGUUAUACACAGUUCCACCGUACACAGACACCAUGGUACGUUACUACACUAGUCCACCGUACACAGACACCAUGGUACGUUACUACACUAGUCCACCGUACACAGACACAAUGGUACGUUACUACACUAGUCCACUGUACACAGACACCAUGGUACGUUACUACACUAGUCCACCGUACACAGACACUAUGGUAUGUUACUACACUAGUCUACCGUACACAGACACCAUGGUAUGUUACUACACUAGUUCACUGUACGCAGACACACAAUGGUACGUUAUUACACUAGUCCACCGUUACAGACACCAUGGUACGUUACUACACUAGUCCACCGUACACAGACACCAUGGUACGUUACUACACUAGUCCACCGUACACUGACACACAAUGGUACGUUACUACACUAGUCCACCGUACACAGACACAAUGGUACGUUACUACACUAGUCCACCGUACACAGACACCAUGGUACGUUACUACACUAGUCCACUGUACGCAGACACACAAUGGGACGUUACUACACUAGUCCACCGUACACAGACACCAUGGUACGUUACUACACUAGUCCACCGUACGCAGACACCAUGGUACGUUACUACACUAGUCCACCAUACACAGACACACAAUGGUACGUUACUACACUAGUCCACCGUACACAGACACAAUGGUACGUUACUACUCUAGUCCACCGUACACAGACACCAUGGUACGUUACUACACUAGUCCACCGUACACAGAUACAAUGGUACGUUACUACACUAGUCCACCGUACACAGACACCAUGGUACGAUACUACACUAGUCCACUGUACGCAGACACACAAUGGUACGUUACUACACUAGUCCACUGUACGCAGACACCAUGGUACGUUACUACACUAGUCCACCGUACACAGACACAAUGGUACAUUACUACACUAGUCCACUGUACGCAGACACACAAUGGUACGUUACUACACUCGUCCACUGUACGCAGACACCAUGGUACGUUACUACACUAGUCCACCGUACACAGACACCAUGGUACGUUACUACACUAGUCCACUGUACGCAGACACACCAUGGUACGUUACUACACUAGUCUACUGUACACAGACACCAUGGUACGUUACUUCACUAGUCCACCGUACACAGACACCCCAUGGUACGUUACUACACUAGUCCACCGUACACAGACACCAUGGUACGUUACUCAUAGUCACGUACGCAGACAACAAUGGUACGUUACUACACUCGUCCACUGUACGCAGGAAAACACCAUGGUACGUUACUACACUAGUCACGUACACAGACCCAUGGUACGUUACUUCACUAGUCCACUGUACGCAGACCCCCAUGGUACGUUACUACAUAGUCCACCGUACACAGACCACCAUGGUACGUUACUUCACUAGUCCAAUGUACGCAGACACCACAAUGGUACGUCUAUCACUAGUCCACAGUACCGGGAACACCAUGGUACGUUACUACACUAGUCCACGUACACAGACACCAGGUACGUUCACUACACUAGUCAUGUACGCAGACACAACCUGUAUUCUACUUUACACUAGUCCCAACCGUACAAGACACACAAGUGUACGUUUCUACACUAGUCCCCGUACACAGACAACAAGUGUCUUACACAUAUCCCCGUACACGAACCAUGAGUUACUUACAAAUAGUCACCGUACCCAGACACUGGUGCUGUUACUACACUAGGCUUACGUACCAGACACCAUGGUAGUUAUGGACCACUGAGUCACUGUACGCACAACAAUGGGUUUACUAGCCACCUGUACAGACACCAUGGUAGUUACUACCCCUAGUCCAGUACCACAGACCCAUGGUACGUUACCCACACUAGUCCACCCUACACAGACACCACGGUACGUACUACCUUCCACUUUACCGACACCAUGGGUUACUACUACACUGUUCCACCGUAACAAGAAAACCAUGGUAUGUUACUACUAUCUACCGUCACGCCCAUGGUAGUUACUCCUAAUUCCUUACGCAGCACACAUGGUACUAUUUUCACUAGUUCAACCGUUACAACACCAUGGUAGUUAUACACAGUUCCACCGUACACGACACAAAGGGCGUUUCUACAUAGUCCACCUUUCCGACACACAAUGGUAAUGACUACACUAGUCACUAACACACAAAGGUACUUUCUACCCUUGUCCACGCACAACACAAAGGAGUUUCUACACUAGUCACGUCCAGACCCAUGUCGUAUACAUAGUCCACCGUACCAGAAACAAAGGUACUUAAUACACUAGUCCCCGUCGACACCAUGGCGUUUACCAUAGUCCAAAAUACACAGACCCAUGGUAGUUACUACACUAGUCCCCUGUACGCAGACACACCAUGGUUUACUACACAGUCACGAACUAAAAUGGGGUUCUACACUGUCCACCGUCACCAUGGGGAGUACUACACUGUCCCCCCGAAAAAAAAAACACACAUGGGACGUUUAAUAGUCCACCCUUCAAACACAAUGGUACGUUAUACACUGUCCACCUACAAACACCAUGGUCUUUUUCACUAGUCCCCGAAAACACACCCUGGUCGGUUUCUAAGUCCCGUAACCCAACACCGGUACUUCACACUAGUCCACGUAACAACCAAGGUACGUUUUAAAAAUUUCCCCGUACCCAAACACCUGUCUUCUACACUAGUCCCCCUUACGCAGGAACACCAGUACGUUACUCACUAUUUACUGUACCGACACACAAAGGUACGUUUUUCCUAGUCCAACGUACAACCAACUGGGACGUUCUAAUUUUGCCCCCGUACACAAACCAUGGUAUUUUCUAAUGUCCACUAAAAGACCCCCAUGGUACGUUACUCACUAGUUACCGUACGCAGCACCUGGGAGUUUUUACAUAGGCCAAGUACGCAGACACCAAUGGUAAGUUAUACCUUUCCCCGUACGCGACCCAUGGUACGGUUUCUACACUUCCCCCCGUCACGACACAUGGGACUUAUAACUACAAACCUUUAAAAACACCAAAGGGAGGACUACACUGUCCCCAUUUACAGACACCAUGGGAAUUUAUAACUAGUCCACCGUCCAGAACCGGUAGUUAUACAAUCCGUACCAAACCAUGGGAGUUACACACUAGUUCAGUACGCUACACAAAGGGCUUAUUUCCUAUCCCCCGUUAAAAGAAACCCCGUACGUUACUACAUGUCCCCCUACAAGACACCUGGACGUACAAAUAGUCCACCUUUCCCCGAACAAAGGUACUACUACAAUCCCCCGUACAGCCCAAAGGGGUAAACUACACUAGUCCACCGUAAAACCAUGGUAUUCUCACUAGUUCACUGUAGCGCAAAAUGGACAUUUUACACUAUCCACGUUAAGACACCCUGGCUUACUACACCAGUCCACCGUAACAAACCUGGGCGUUUAAAACUAUCCCCCGUAACAGACACAAUGGUACGUUUUACACUAUCCACUUUCGCAGACACACAAUGGAAAUUUCCCUAGUCCCCCGUACACAUAAAAAUGGGAGUUACUACAAUGGCCCGUUACACACUAGUCCCCCGUACGGGGCCACCACAAUCACGUUUCUACAAGUCCACCUACACAGACACAAUGGACGUUAAUACCCAGUCCACGUAAACAGAACACCGGUACGUUAUCACUAGUCCAGUACCAGAACCCCAGGGAUUUAACUGUCCACGACCCAGGACAACCAUGGUACUUUUCUACACUAGCACUGUAAACAACAAAAUGGGAGUUUACAUAGUCCAAACCCUACACAACCCCUGGGAUGUUAUACACUAUCCACCGUAAAACAGACCCACCAUGGACGUUUUCUGACAGCACGUAACAGACAAAGGUACGUUCCCACUGUCCCGUACCAAAAACACCCAUGGAGUUUCACAUAGUCACGUAACAAAACAAUGGUACGUUACUAAAGCCACCGUAACAUACACAAAGGUAGUUUCUAACUAGUCCCCGUAAAAAGACACCCUGGGACGUUCUAACUAGUCCCCGUACCAAACCACACAAGUACGUACUAAUAGUCCACCGUACCCGAACAAAGUACGUUAUACACUAGUCCCCGUAACAGACACACCAGGUACGUUACUAAUAGUCCCCCCGUACACAACACCAUGGAGUUUUCUACAAUAGUCCAAGUACGGACACCCAUGGUACGUUACUACAUAGUUUUACUUACCAAAAACCAUGGGGAGUUUCUACUAGUCCACCGUAACCCCCGGGACCCCCAUGGUACGUUUUUACACUAGUCCACCGUCACAGACACCAUGGUACGUUUCACACUAGUCCACCGAAACCCGACACACCAUGGUACGUUUCUAACUAGUCCCACCGACACAACACCCCUGGUACGUUUCCAAGUCCACCGAAAACAGACAAAUGGUACGUUACACAUAGCCCCGUACCAGAACCAAAGUAAGUUACUAAAUAGUCCCGUAAAAACACCCUGGACGUUACUAACAGUCCACCGUACCAACACAAAGGGACUUAUACACUAGUCCCCCGUACCGAACACCAUUACGUUUUCUACUAGUCCAUUACGGACACACCAAAGGCGUUUUCAUAUUUCAGUAAAAAAACAAAGGUAGUUUAACCAUCACCGUUUUCAGACAAAUGGGGGUUCUAACUAGCCACCGUACCAGACACCCUGGUCGUACUAACGUCCACCUACCAACACACCAUGGUACGUUACUACAUUUCACCGUAGAGACAAAAUGGUACGUUUACUGUCCCCCCGUUUCAGACAACAUGGUAGUUAUAACUAGUCCACGUACCAGAACCAGGUGUUUCACAUAGUCCCCCUCACGACACCAUGGAGUUUCUACAUGUCACCAAAACCCGACACAAAUGGGAGUACAAUAGUCCACGUUUUUCAACACAAAGGUACUUACCAUAUCCCCGUUUCCCGACCCAUGGUAUUUUUACACUAGUUACCCUACACGACACCAUGGGACGUUACUACACUGUUCCCUUUACCUACACAAAGGUAAAUUAUUUCCUAGUCCACCGUUUUAAAACACCCGGACUUUCUACACUAGUCCACCGUCACAGAAACCCUGGUAGUUUCUAACUAGUCCACCGUACACGACACAAAAGGUCGUUACUACACUAGCCCCGUAGAGCACACAUGGGAAAUUUACAUAGUAAAAAUAAAAACACCAGGUGUUUCAACUAGUUACUUUCCAACCACCAAAGGGUACUUAUUAAUAGUCCACCGUUUACAGCACCAUGGUAAUUCUAAACCCUCCCCCGUACCAGAACCAUGGAUUAUAAACAUCCCCCGUACACAACACAAAGGUAGUUUCUACAUGUCCCCCUGUACGCAGACACACCGUACUUUUAAUAGUCCACCGUAACAAACAAUGGUCCUUAAUACACAUCCCGUAACAGAACCCCUGGUAGUUAAAUGAAGUCCACCCACAAGACAAAAUGGUCGUUUAUACACAGUCCUGUACGCAAAACCACCCGGAAUUAACAUAGUCACGUACAAAACAAGGGACUUUUUACAUAGUCCACGUAACAAUAAAACCCUGGUAGUUCCCACCACUAGCCCCCGGGGAAAAACAGACACACCUGGUAGUUACUAACAUCCACGACACAACACAAUGGACGUUACUACACUAGUCCACCCUAACAACCCCAUGGCGUACUAACUUCCACCUAAACGACACACCAUGUACGAUAGACAGUCCACGUUUAAAAACACCAUGGUACGUUUUACAAUAGUCCACCGUAAACAGACCCCAGGGGUUACUCAAGUCCCCCUGUAGCAGGACCAAAAAAUUGUAAGUUUCUACGUUUGUCAAACCCCAACAGACACAAAGGUACUAAACAUGUCCACUGAAGCAGACCACCAUGGGAGUUACUACAUAGCCACCCACAAGACAAUGGGACGUUACUACACUAGCCCUGUACGCAACCACCAUGGACUUUUAACACUAUCACUGUACCAGACACCCAUGGUUUCCCGUUUCUACAAUAGGGCCACCGUACACAAACCCCUGGUACGUUUCUACAAUAGUCCACCGUAACGACACCUGGUACGUUUCUUCCAGUCCACUGUACGCAGGGAAAACAAGGUACGUUACUACACUAGCCCCGUCACAGAACCAUGGUCGUUACUAACUUCCCCCGUAACCCGAAAAGGGACGUUGCACACUAGUCCACUGACGCAGAACACAAGGUAAGGUUUCUACAAGUCCACCGAACAGACACAAAGGGGAGUUUACAAAUCAUGUACCAGACCCAUGGACGUUUCACAUAGUCCACGUACCAGACAUAUGGUAUGUUUUACAUAGUCUACCGUAAAACAGACAACCCUGGUACGUUUUCCCCCUAGUCCACCGUACACGACACCUGGGACGUUUUCUACACAGUCCACCAUACCAACAACAGGUAGGGCUACACUAUCACGUUUACAGACACCAUGGAAAUACUACCAGUCCACCUUAAAACACCAUGGUAUGUUACUACACUAGCUACCGUACACGACACCAUGGUUUAUACACAGUUACUGUACGCGCACACAAGGUACAUUUUCCCGUCCCCGUUAAGAAACCCCUGGUACUUACUCCAAAUGUCCACCCACCAGACCAAUGGAAUACUACACUAGUCCCUGUAGCAGACACACCCCUGGUAAAUUACUAAAUAGUCCCCCGUACACAUCAUAAUGGUGUUAUACUUGUCCAGUAACGAACAUGGUAGUUUUCUACACUAGUCCAUGUCCAGCACCAAGUAUUUUUACAGUGUCCAGACCAGACACAUGGUACGUUAAUACACAGUCCCCUUUAAACAGACACACCCGGUACGUUAGCACUAGCCACCCUAACAGAACCUGGUACGUUUCUAACUAUCCACUGUAGCAGACCCCCCCAUGGACGUUACUACAUAGUUACGUACCAUACCAAUGGUACGUUAAACUAGUCCCGUACACAUACACCCUGGUAUUUUUCUACACAGUCCACCGUAAAAAAAAACACCCUGGUACGUUCUAGCUAGUCCACCGUACACAGACAAUGGUACUUUUCUCACUAGUCCACCUCCAGACCCAGGGGAGUUACUACACAGUCCCCCUAAACCAAACCCCACCAGUUACAGACUAGUCCCCCGUCCCAAAACACCCUGGUAGUUUUAAAAUAGUCCCCCUACACAGACAAAUGGUCGUUAUCCUAUCCCCUGUACGCAGAACACCCUAACUUACUACACUAGUCCCGUACCAGACACACCAGGUCGUUUUACACUUUUCACUGUCCGACACCAAAGGUACGUUAUUUUCACUAGUCCACCGUUACGACAACAUGGUACGACUUACUGUCCACCCACAAGACACCCGGUAGUUUUAAAUAGCCCCCCAUACACAGACACCCUGGUAGUUCUACAUAUUACCCUCGCGCACCAGGAGUUACUAGUAGUCCCCGUACGCAGACCCAAUGGUACGUUUCACACUAGUCCCCUGUACGCAACCCCCAUGGUUUCGUUACUACACAGUCCAACCCUACACAGACACCUGGUCGUUACUACACUAGUCCCCACACGACACCAAUGGGGUGACUACAUAGUCCACGUUUACAGACCCAUGGUACAUUACUACACUUCCCCCGUCUCAGACCCUGGGAUGUUACACACUGUUUCCCCCGUACACCCACAAAUGGUAGUUAUCAGGUACGUUCUACCCUAGUCCCCUGUACGCAGAACACAGUCGAGUCUCAAGUCCCCCGUACACAGACACAAUGGUACGUUAAUCACUGUCCCCCGUAAGCAACCCAUGGCCGUUUCUGCAUAUCCCCGUACACGCACCAUGGUAUUUUUAACUAGCCACUGUACGCGACACACCGGUAGUUCCCUAUCACUGUACACUAAACCGGUACUUAUACACUGUCCACCGUACCAUACCCAUGGUACGUUACUAAAAUAGUCCACCGUAAAAAACACCAUGGUACUUAUAGACUAGUCACCUACCGACAAAUGGGACGUUUCUAAACCCCAUCCACCGACCAACACCAUGGGCCUUUUCUCAUAGUCCCCCGUAAAAAGCACACCUGGUACGUUUCUAGAUGUCCCCGUAAAAUACACCUGGGACUUCUACAUUCCACCGUAACAACACCAUGGUACGGUUUUUACAUAGUCCACUGUACGCAGACACACAAUUGACGUUAUACAGACCACGCACCGACCAAUGGUACGUUUAAAACACUAGUCCAUGUAAAAGGGAAAACCAGGGGCGUUACUACAUAGUCCCCCGUACACAGACACCUGGUACGUUUCACUGUCCACGUCGCAGACAACCAUGGGGGACGUUAUACAUAGCUACUGUACCAACACCAGGUACGUUAACACUAGUCCCCCCGUACAAGACACCCCAUGGUACGUUUCUUCACUAGUCCACUGCGCAGACACACAAGGGGACGUUACUACACGUCCCCCGUACAAACACCCUGGGAUUACUAACUAGUCCCCCCGUCACAGAACCCAAGGACGUUUCUACACUAGUCCUGACCAGAAACCCCAAAGGGGAAUUUUUAACCCCAGUCCACGUACAGACACAAUGGUACGUUUACUACACUUGACCACCGUACACAGACACACAAUGGUACGUUACUACACUAGUCCACCGUACACAGACACCAUGGUACGUUACUACACUAGUCCACCGUACACAGACACAAUGGUACGUUGCUACACUAGUCCACUGUACUCAGACACACAAUGGUAAGUUACUACACUAGUCCACCGUACACAGACACAAUGGUACGUUACUACACUUGACCACCGUACACAGACACACAAUGGUACGUUACUACACUAGUCUACUGUACACAGACACCAUGGUACGUUACUACACUAGUCCACCGUACACAGACACAAUGGUACGUUACUACACUAGUCCACUGUACGCAGACACCAUGGUACGUUACUACACUUGUCCACCGUACACAGACACCAUGGUACGUUACUACACUAGUCCACAAUGGUACGUUACAACACUAGUCCACUUUACGCAGACACACAAUGGUACGUUACUACACUAGUCCACCGUACACAGACACAAUGGUACGUUACUACACUAGUCCACUGUACGCAGACACACAAUGGUACGUUACUACACUAGUCCACCGUACACAGACACCAUGGUACGUUACUACACCUGUCCACCGUACACAGACACACCAUGGUACGUUACUACACCUUCUAGUUUUCAUACUAACAUAAUAAGUAGAAUUAUUAUAAGUGUAAUAAGUUAUUUUGGAGACAUUAAUCUGUGCUGCAAAAGCCUGAAGACGUGCUCUUCAAUCCACAGACUCACGACCAAAACACUCCAUGGAAGAACUAUCUGGUGGUCCUGAAGGACAACAUGGAGGUAAAGACUAAGAAACCCAGAUGCCCUGGUAGGAAGGUUAAAGUAGAGAAUGUAGUGGUUGGAGAGGUGGAGGGGGAGAGUGGAGCUGGAGGUAGGCUCCAGGAGGGGGCCAUGUUGGUACCUGGUGAGCCCAUCACCCUUUCAGCCAACUGGGGCGACCCAGGGACCAUCACUCUGGUCAGCCACACCACCCUGGGUGGGUUUACGGUCAUCCAGACAGAGAUUCCGGCAGGGACCCACCUUCCCAUCGCCAAUACAGACGGGGCCGGUGUCAUCUCUCUGGAUGGAUCCACUGUCUCUGUCCCCUUCUCCGUGUCCUCUAUCCCUGUCAUGGUGUCUCACUCCAUCCCUGUUUCCUCGUCGUCCUCCGGUCCCCUCCCUAUCCAGACCGUGUCUCUCUCGUGUCUCUCUGUCCCCGGCGCCAUGUUUGCCCCAGUUUCCGUUACGGAGACCUCCACUAUUUCGACCCCACCUGUGCUGGAAACUGCAGUGUCACAAACCAUCCUGGCUUCAGAUUCGGAAGCUGGGCCUGGUUCAGAGAUGACAGCCAUUGCGGAUCCUGAGGAGGCAGUGUGCCCCUAUCUCUGA